GGAAAUCCAGUUGAAAUCCUAGUUGGUAUUUCGGUGGCAUCGUUUUCCAGCAUCAAGGAAGUGGAUAUGGUAAUACAUUUUAAACACUUCGGGCUGAACCCCAAUUUUCUUUAAUUUUAUGGUUAUGAGGCUUAUUCACGAAUAAGCAUAUCAAUUCUAAUUUCAUGCUAUAUGUAUCAUAGCAAUUCCAACAAAGCUGAUGCUUCGAGCCGGGUAAUAUUAUCAAUUAAGCCUGUUACAUCAGUGUAUUUUUAAAUACUUUUUUAGGAAUUCGGACUGGACAUGUUUUUUCGGCAGCAUUGGAAAGACCAAAGACUGUCUCAUAACUUGACUUCCAAGAUAACUCUUACCAUGGGAACUAAACACCCUGCGGAUUAUAUCUGGGUCCCAGACACCGUGUUUGUAGACGCCACCAAGUCCUACAUGCAUAAUGUAUUGACAACCAAUCACAAGAUCGAUAUCUCAGCCGACGGUCAGGUAGACUGGGGAACAAGGUUGGUGUGUGAAAUUUAUUAGACCUUUAUCUAAGGUGAGGUCUAAGUAGUGCGCGCUCGUGAACCAGCGUCAUUUUGGAGGGAAAACGUAAUAGCCGUAGUCAUUCCACUACAGGUUUAAGCGAGAAUGUCUUAGUGGCGGAAACAAGUUUAUUUUGCGAUCAGAAGAGGGCUUUUCUCGACUUUCUCACAGCCAUCUGGCCAUAAAAUCCUUCUGAUGGCCCUUUUGGGUUUUUACAGAACGAAAUGACAGAUUUCUCUACCCUUUUAUAUUAUUCAACUAAAAUUCCUACCCUUUCCGGGGGCCUCCCCUUAGAGGCCAUUCUAGGGAUUCCCCCCGGGACUUAUGUUUUAUGUCUUGUGUAUAGAUGUAACUUAAAAUGACUGAACGCGGGGUGUCUGAGUGAAGAAAAUCUAUACUAACUACAAUAACCCUUUGUUAAAGAUUACCGUUCACACUCGGGUACUUAUAUAAUAAUAACUUGAGAUUAAAGAAGCAGGCUACCGUGGUUUUAACGUAACCACAAGUACUUGUGCGCAGUAGAUCAUAUAUUUGAAUGCUAUUUUGCGCCUAAUAGAUAAUAAAUUAUUAUUAUAUUACUAAGGCAGUGUUUAAUUUAUAUCACAGAGCAACUGUUCAAGCCAAGUGUCACAUGGAUUUUCGUACCUUUCCGUUAGACGAACAAAAAUGUACACUCAACAUUGUUAGCUGUAAGUAA